AUGUUCGAGGUUGACACUGAAGUCAUUGUUAUUGGUAAGUUAAGGUUUUGAUAUGGAAUAAUACAUAGUAGGUUUUUCAAAUAACACAAAAAAAUAUUUUGAAAAGGGGCACAGAAUUAAUUGAAAAACUUUUUUCAACCGUUUUUAUACCUAAAAACCUCAAUUUUCAGGAAACGGUCCAGCCGGCAUCUCCCUCUCAGCCUUCCUCUCAGGCUGGCUACCCUACUACUCCCUGGACCGUCCCCACCCAAACCAAUUCAUUCACGAGAACCUGGCAGAGAAUGCCCAACUACCCAUUAUCGACCAGGAUCUCGAUUGGUAUCAACCAGAGUAUGAACAACAUGCUAGUGCAUCAGUAGGCAUGUACUCUGAUCUGAUGGAUAGGUUGAUGAGGCCAGAAGGCUCGGAAUCGAAUAAGAUGGGGGCGUGCUUGGACUAUGAGUUUUGUCCUACUAGAAGGGUACCACACGUGGUUUUGGGGGAUGGUCCUAUUGGUGGAAGUUGGAAUAGAUAUGAUGAUAAUGUAAGUAGUUACUACUGAAAAUCUUGGUUACACGUAGCUCUAUCGUACAUUACCGUAUCCUCCCCUACCCCACCCUACCCUACCCUACCCUACCUUACCCUACCGUACCCUCACCUUAGAUCACCCUCCCUUACCCUCAAAAAGCCCUGCCAACUCCAAUACAGUACCCUUUUUCAGAUGGCCACCGUAUCCCUGUGCACCUGGAUGGAUCUGCCCGGCUACUCGUUAGCCAACUUCCUCGGCGGCCAAAGUUUGAUUGCCCGAUUGCCUGCGGGCCUAAUCCGCGAAUACUUCAAAGCCUACACCAAAAAGAUGGGCCUGGAGGAUAACUUUGCCCAAUACACUACAGUAACCAAUGUGACCAAGUUCUGCUCGGAUUACGAUCAAAAAGAGUACUGGAGGGUCAGUGGACACGCUCGAGAUGGGAAUCAGUUCUCGAUCACUGCUAAGAGAUUGGUCUUGGCUUGUGGAAGAAGUCAUUAUAGGCAGUUGGAGGUGAGAUGAUGGCUUUUUAUAGUUAGUAUAGUAAACAAAAUUAUAUAUUUUCUAUAUUAAAGUACUGUAACAACUGUAAAAAGGCUGAAAAUUACAGUAAAACUCAUUUUUUAGGCUAGAAGCUUCAGUUUUUCUGUAUUUAUAGCCUUUUCCCACAAAAACCCCUCUAAAACAAUAUUCUUCCAGGUCCCCGGCGAGAACAACGCCAUGAAUCUAGUCUACACAGCCAAAGAAAUGCGUCAAGUGUUGCACGAAAUCUCAGAAAAUGUCAAAGACACCCCAAUCGGCCUAAAGUCUCGACCAGUACUAGUGGUCGGAGAUGGGAUUUCGGCCGCCGACUCCAUUAUGAGCUGUCUCAAGGACAGUAUCCCCGUCGUUCACGUGUUCAAACGUUCCGAACGUGAGCUCAAAACCACCAUGAUUUCGAGGCUGUCAUCUACAGUAUACCCAGAGUAUUCCGAAGUGUUUGGCCUUAUGUUAGGCCGAAUCCAACAUCCUUUAUAUACCAAGAUGAGCAGCUCCACCGUAGAGAGGGUGUUCCCCGAAGCAACGGUUGAGAUCCAAAGAAAAGGUGGCAAAAGCCAGCUACUCGACUAUCAGUGCAUGGUCAUAUGUGUUGGGCUAAGGACCGAGCUCACGAUGUUGGAAGACAAGUACAACUUCCAGGUGGAGUACGAAGCUGAAGAGGAUUCUACACUGUUUGCCAUUGGCUCUGUGAUUGGAGACCAUUUCGUGCGAUACCUGAUCGGUGGAGCAUUGAAAGUGGCACAACGACUGUUUCAACAACACAAGGCUGAUCUGCAUGCUAGUGCUGAUAGUAUUGCUGAUAGUGUUCAGUCGGAGCAGAGCAAGGCUUCAUCGUCGCGAUUCAGCGAGAUUCUAGGGCGAAGCUUCACGAUGCCGAGGAUUAUGUGCAAAUGGUUCAAUUUACCGUGCCGACGGCACUGUAAUUCAAGUGGACCAUUGGAAUCAUUGUCGUAG